AAACUAUGACGUAAAUCUGUAAUUAUUUUAAAGGGGAAUAGCGUAUAUUAACGAUUUUUUUUUUCUUUUAAGUGAAGAGAGUAUUAUGAUUUUUAUAUUAUCUCCCGGCGAAUAUUUUCAUCAUCAUAUACGAUAAGUGUUAUCAGCACUUAACAUUAUUAUUAUUAUUAUUAUUAAGGAAAGGAAGGAAAAGUAAGAAUGGAAUGCGGUAUUUGCGUUCGUAAUGUGGUAUCGACUUUUUUUUUUAUGUUCUCCGGGUCAAUAUGACUCCAUUUCUGUUAGACAAGGAUCUUGUUAAAAGUUGAAGGCACAUCGUACAGUACAUACCCGGAUAAGAGAUUAAAUUUCAUAUUUCGACAUCAGAAGAACCGACCGAAUGACAAAAGAAGCAGAAGCAUAACAUGCCGGGCAUGUACAAGACGGGCACCGAUGGCAGCGACUCUCCACCACCUGGUGGCAACAUACAGUUUACCGUCCAAUCCUGGCCUUCGGGAAGAGGCGGGACUCCGUCUGGCGGCCGUCAUCAUGGUAAUCACGUCCGGUCCGAUUCGAUCGACAGUCUGGAUAGCAACUCGAGCGGUUCCAGCGGAUUCAAUCACUCUCGACAGUUAUCGGGAGACGGCACGGAAUUCAUCCCAACUCGAACUGUACCAAAAGCAUCAACGCAACCUGCGCAUAAUCCUUUGAAAUUCGUUAAAGUCCAGUCUUCUUCACUCUAUCUCAAGGCUGAGGAACAAUUAAAAUUAGCAAAAGAAAUAAAAAUAACAAGGCAAAAACUAAGAGAUGAAGAAGAGGAAUGGCAAAGUAAUUUAGAUAGUUGGAAGUCAAGAAGAAAAAAGCAAUCUGAAAAAACCCAUCAUAGGGUAGAGGUAAUGAAAGAAAUUGAAGAGCAAGAAAAACAACAGAAUCAACGAAAAAUCAAGACUUUUUCUGAAAUGAUGGAGGAAAGAGCAAAUAAACCGAGAAGUUAUAAUUUUGCCAUUUAUCAGGUCGAAAAUGAAGAAGAAAAUAGAAAGUCAAAAUCUGAUUUUAUUGAAGAUAAAGAAGAAAAAUCAACAUCUGGAAUAGAUAGUUUUCCUUCUGAAAGUGAAACUGAGGGUGCAUCUGAGGAGGCUUCAAGUACUUUAACUGAACGAAUAGUUCAUGAUAGUAAUGAAAAUGGAACAUUAAGUCAUAAAUAUUCUCAGGAUAAAAGACCAUUAUCGUACACGGACAAAGUAUUGCUGCAUUCGGAUUUUAAAGACGAUUCCGAGGUGUGCUCUUCGGAAGAAGAAUUUAUUACCGAGAGGAGAAAAGCAGCCGAAGAACUUGGUCUAAGUGCUGUGAAUACGAGUACUGAUUCUGGGUUAGAGAGCUUAGGUAGAAGUGGUGAUGUUGGUGAUAGUGUUACAGAUUUUGGCCACGAAAACAAUAUUUCAGCAGAAAAACAAUUAGACAGUGAAAAUGAAGCACCUGUCUCACAAUUUUCUACGGUUAAUACAACUGAAUCUACAUAUGCUGAUGAGAAUGAAAAGAAUGCAACAGAACAGACUCCAAAUAAUGAAUUUUUAAAGUUGAAAAUCUGGUUAAAACAUAGUUCUGAUUCAAAAGGAUUUGGUUUUUCAUUAAGAGGCGGUAAAGAUCAAGGAACACCUGUAUUUGUAGAUUCAGUCACUCCAGGAGGUGCUAGUGAAGUUGCUGGAUUAAAAGUUGGAGAUGAGAUUAGAGAAAUAAAUGGAGAAAGCUGUUAUGGUCGUUGUCAUUCUGCUCUGGUAUUUGCAGUUAAGCAAGCAGUGUACACUGGUCUUUUAGAUUUGGUAAUAAAGAGAGCUAGUGACUCAGGUAUAUACCACAAGUAAUAUAUUCAUAUAUUCUAUAAUAUAAUAGAAUAAUUGGA